CGGUGGUCUCCGUGGAAACCCAAACAGACCUUAAUCUUGGGUUUUCAGAAACAUGUCUAAAGCUAGCGACUACAGUAAAUACGGUUUGGCUCGGCUGCAGGCGGAACUGGAACAGGAGAGGGAGAUGAAACAAAUGCUUGAAGAGUCAGUGUGUGAUCUGCGGAGUACCAUGUGUGAACUGCAAGAAAGACUCCAGAGUGUUGAUGGGGAAGGAAAUGAGUGGAAGACAAGGUAUGAGACACAGGUAGAGCUAAAUGGACAGUUGGAACGACAGCUCUCACUCAUCCACGAGAGACUGGAGGACAUGAAAGGAAACCCUGUGGAUCGACUGGCCUCUAUUCGGUCCUAUGAAGACAUGCCACUAGAAACACUGAGACACCGUCUGAAGCUCCUGACCGAGGAGAAAUCUGACCUCCAGACUCAACUAAUGGAUUGUCAUCUUCAAAUUGGACAAGAAGGAAAGGCAUUUCAUAAAACCAACAGUGAGAGGCGGGCAUUCCUUUCAGAAAUUGCUAAGCUGUCUUCUACCCAUGAAGCCCGAAGAAUGCGGCACUUUGCACGUCCACAGAGGGCGCCAGAAAGCAAAGAGAUUAGAGGGAAGCAGACCGACAGGAAGGCAGAGGCUGAUUCUAAGAAAGGAAAAGAAGGAGGAGAAGAAGAAGGCGGAGAAGCCUGUGUGAAAGAAAGAGGAGGAGGUGGUGGUGGAAGAAGAGCAGAGAGAAAAGAAGAAAAGAAAUUACAGAGGAAAAGCAGGUUACCCACGCUAAAGCACAACCUGAAACACAAUCCUUAAGCCAAACUUAGUAAAAUUGCUCUUUUCUGGUUAUGUUGGAAUGUUUAUGCUUUAAUUUCUGAUGGCAUUUGUUCACAUUUCUCAGUGGCUGAUUAUAUUGAAAUACUGCAGAUUCUACACUAACCAGCCACUUCAUUAGGUACACCUUUGAGUAUUGGGCUGCAUCCCCUUUUGCUUUAGAAUUGUCUCAAUUCUUUGUGGCACAGAUUCAACCAGGUGCUGGAAACAUUCCUCUGAGAUUUUGCUCCAUAUUGACGUGAUAGCAUCCCACAGUUCCUGCAGAUUUGUCAGCCGCACAUCCAUGAUGUGAAUCUUUCGUUCCACCAUAUCCCAAAGGUGCUCUGCUUCAGCGUUCAAUGUGUUGUUCAUUCAGAGAUGCACUUCUGUAUACCUUGCUGCAACGUGGGUCUUACUGUUGCCUUCCUGUCAGCGUGAAGCAGUCUGCCCAUUCUCCUCAGACCUCUGACAUCAACAAGGCAUUUUCACCCAGAGAUCUGCUGUUCACUAGAUAGACCUUUUUCAGACCAUUCUCUGUAAACCAUAGAGUAAACCAUACCACGUUCAAAGUCACUGAAAUCACCUUUGUUCCCCUUUCUGAUGCUUAGUUUGAACUUCAGCAGGUCAUCUUGACCAUGUCUAUAUGCCUGAAUGCAUUGUGUUGCUGCCAUGUGAUUGGCUGAUUAGAUAUUUGUGUUAACAAGCAGUUGAACUGGCAAAAAAAUAAAUAAAUAAAAGAAAGAAAGAAAGAAAAAAAAAGAACUGGCCUAUCUAAUAAUGUGACCAGUGAGUCAAUUAUUGUAAAGUCUUUACCUUACAAUGUGAAGCACCUUGAGAUGACGGUUGUGAUUUGACGCUAUAUAAAUAAAACUGAAUUGAA